UUCUGCGCAUGCUCAAACGUCACCCUUCUCAUGUGUUUCUUACGCAGGCUCCGGUGGAGGUCACUGUGAUCUAUCAGAGCAGCGGGACUGUCACAUUGCUACCAUGGCUAAGCUGUUUGAGUCCAUUGGAAAGCUUGGAUUGGCCUUGGCCAUAGGAGGAGGUGUAGUAAACUCUGCGCUUUUCAAUGUGGAUGCGGGACACAGGGCGGUCAUCUUUGACAGGUUUCGAGGUGUUCAGGAUGCUGUUGUUGGGGAGGGCACACACUUUCUAAUUCCCUGGGUGCAGAAGCCAAUCAUCUUUGACUGCAGGUCCCGUCCACGCAAUGUGCCUGUCAUCACUGGUAGCAAAGAUUUGCAGAAUGUCAACAUCACGCUGAGAAUCCUGUUCCGACCAGUUGCUACACAGCUGCCACGGAUUUUCACCAGUAUCGGAGAGGACUACGAUGAGAGAGUGCUGCCCUCCAUCACCACUGAGGUUUUAAAGGCUGUAGUGGCCCGUUUUGAUGCCGGUGAGCUCAUCACUCAGAGAGAACUGGUGUCCAGGCAGGUCAGUGAGGAUCUGACAGAAAGAGCAUCCACCUUCGGCCUCAUUCUAGAUGACGUCUCCCUGACACAUCUGACGUUUGGCAAGGAGUUCACAGAGGCUGUUGAGAUGAAGCAGGUUGCACAGCAGGAGGCUGAGAGAGCCAGAUUUGUUGUAGAGAAGGCAGAGCAGCAGAAGCAGGCAGCCAUUAUAUCAGCAGCGGGAGAUUCCCAGGCUGCGCUUUUGAUCGCUAAUUCUUUGGCAGAAGCUGGUGAUGGCCUGGUGGAGCUGAGAAAGCUGGAGGCAGCGGAGGACAUCGCUUUCCAACUCGCCCGUUCUCGCAAUGUUACCUACCUCCCGUCUGGACAGGGAACUCUCCUUCAGUUACCACAGUGAUAGGGAAACUAGAGACACACACACUCACUUCACUUCUUCUGCUCUAAUUUUGGCUACUUUCGAAAAUGGCGAUGUUUGUAGAACCCGUGAAACUAUUUAAUCAGCCUAGAGGCAAAUUUUAAAGAGACAAAGAUACCCAGUGUUUUUCUCUCUUUUAGCUUGAGUUUUCUUGCUCUCUUCAUGAAAGUAUGUACUGCCACAAGGUGGUUUCAGCAGUUGGAAAGAGUGUAAGGGAACCAAGGGGAAGAGCCUGUGUGUAUGUAAAUGUGCUCCAGGUGCAUAUAUAUUAUUUGCAUUUGGAAACAUUUUCUUUGGCUAAAUAUGAGUUGAUAUUGUUGGAAACCCAUAAGCCAUUUCAGCUGAAUUCUCCAUACACGGAAAUUAACCUAAAUACCUUGCAAUGCUAAAUUAAACUGUACAUUCAUGAGUAUUGAGUGCUGGAUGAUUGACAUCAGUCUCACCCUCUGCUCCUGUAAGAACGACUGUGUUGUUUUUGUGGUUUGAAUGUGUUUUUGUUAUUGUAUGUGGCAGAAGGAACACCCUUGUUUCACAAGUGAUGAAUAGAUAAAAUAAUCAAUAAACAAUUAUUCAUUUAUACUGAAUCAAAAUACA